AACGACUUCUGCACGAUCACCAACUAUUUCACACCCUCAAACAUGUCGCACCGAAAGUUUGAGGCGCCUCGUCACGGUUCGCUGGCAUUCUUGCCACGCAAGCGAGCUGCACGUCAUCGGGGAAAGGUCAAGAGCUUCCCCAAAGAUGACCCGAAGCAAAAGGUGCACCUCACGGCGGCGAUGGGCUACAAGGCGGGCAUGACGACCAUCGUGCGCGACCUCGACCGCCCGGGAGCGAAGAACCACAAGAAGGAGAUCGUCGAGGCUUGCACAGUCAUCGAAACUCCUCCGAUGAUGGUUGUUGGCUUGGUGGGAUACAUCGAGACGCCUCGCGGCCUCCGCUCGUUGACUACUGUCUGGGCUGAGCAUCUUUCCGACGAGCUGAAGAGACGCUUCUACAAGAACUGGUACCGGAGUAAGAAGAAGGCCUUCACCAAGUACGCGAAGAAGCACGCCGAGGAGAGUGGCAAGAGCAUCACCCGCGACCUGGAGCGCAUCAAGAAGUACUGCACCGUCGUCCGCGUGCUCGCCCACACCCAGAUCCACAAGACCCCGCUCAAGCAGAAGAAGGCGCAUCUGAUGGAGAUCCAAGUCAACGGCGGCUCUAUUGCCGACAAGGUCGAGUUCGCCCACGGCCUCUUUGAGAAGCCGGCGGAGAUCGACACCAUCUUCGAGCAGGACGAGAUGAUCGACUGCAUUGCCGUCACCAAGGGUCACGGUUUCCAGGGUGUCACCAGCCGCUGGGGUACGAAGAAGCUUCCUCGCAAGACGCACAAGGGUCUGCGCAAGGUUGCUUGUAUCGGUGCAUGGCAUCCGUCCCACGUGCAGUGGACCGUUGCCCGUGCGGGUCAAAUGGGAUACCACCACCGUACUUCCGUCAACCACAAGGUCUACCGCGUUGGCAAGGGCUCGGAUGAGGGCAACGCCGCCACCGAGUCGGACGUCAGCAAGAAGCAGAUCACUCCAUUGGGUGGUUUCGUGCGAUACGGCGAGGUCAAGAACGACUUUGUGCUGCUCAAGGGCUCCGUGCCGGGUGUGAAGAAGCGUGUCAUGACUCUCCGCAAAUCCAUGUUCAUCCACACUUCCCGACGUGCACUGGAGAAGAUCGACCUCAAGUGGAUCGACACCAGCAGCAAGUUCGGUCACGGUGCAUACCAGACGCCGGCGGAGAAGAAGCAGUUUGUGGGUACGCUGAAGAAGGACUUGCAGACCGCGGCAUGAGCUCGCUGAGGAGGAUCCGGGCCACGGCAUGCAUUGAAGGAAUCGGCGUUCACGCAGUGAGUACCUUUGCUCUCUGCACUGCAGUUCAAUCACAGCGUACUUGAGUAUUGCUGGCAGGUAGAACUCGAAUUGAAAAUACCAAAGCAACUACUGCCUUCCAAAC